GUCAGUAUAGUUACUAGCUGUCCUUAAAAAAAAAACAGGUUAUCAUCGUUUCUCCGUCAGUCCGACCUCCGCAAGUUCUGUCAUUCUGAUUGUCAUCGCUUUUACGUAUUUUCUUGAUGCACAAGACUAGCCCAUCGUUCGUGGUCAUUUUGCUGGUUCUUCUAUGUGCGCUACAUUAAAACAUUUUUAUAAAUAAUACUGAAAAUCGUAAUAUCUGUUCUUUUUAUCAUCACUUUAUCGAUAACCUUUACAAUUUAUCGAAUCACUAAUCACAGUCGAUCAUUUUUUUUUUAAAAGUCUGCGAUUCCACUUUCGUUGCUAUUAUUAUAAAAUUUUUAUUUUUAUAUUGCUCCAUAGUUUAUUUUUCCACAUAGCUUAUUCAAGCCAGUAGAGGAAGUUUUAUUUUUCAGUUUUUUUCCAAUAAUAGUUUUAACUUCAUCCAAUUAAUCAUGUCUGAAGGCGAAGCCGGAGCAGAUGGUGAAACUAGACCAAAGGGUAUUGAGGCUCUUAAAGAACAUGUUAUCUCACAUAAAGUGGAAGUAUCUCUUUGGUGUACAAGAUUGGCAACAAUAAUCUUUACAUUUGCAUACAUUCUGCCACUUUUCUGGAACCCAGCAAGUGCAUAUUAUAGAAUUUUAUUGGCAAAUGCAGCUACAAGUGCAUUGCGUCUUCACCAACGUUUGCCAGCCAUGCAAAUUUCUUUACAGUUCCUGACACAAUUAUUCAAAGAAGACAGCUGUCAUUACCUAUUGUAUUCAGUGAUAUUUUUAUAUGUGUCACCUAAUAUUCUUGUAAUCUUGCCAGUGUUUUUAUUUUCAAUGGUACACUUUGCCAGUUAUUCUCUAACUUUACUUGAUCUUCUUGGUCAAAAUGCAUGGUGGGGUGCUCGGCUAUUGAUAUCUUUGGUUGAAUUCCAAUCACGAAGUAUCUUGCGUCUAAUUGCAUUUUCUGAAAUCUUAGUCAUGCCACUUACAUUAUUUAUGUCAUUCUUUGGUCGCUCUGGAUUGCUGUCUAUUGUGUUCUACUAUCAUUUCCUCACAUUACGAUAUGCUUCACAACGUAAUCCACAUACAAGACUUAUGUUUACUGACCUUCGUAUAGCAGCUGAAAACUUUGCAAACAAAUCAGGCACACCGUCUUUUUUGCGAUCUGCUAUUUUAUCGGGUAUUGCUACCAUUAGUCGGAUGGCUCCCGCAGUACCACAAAAUUAAUAAUCUUUGUCAUUAUUAUAUUUUUAUUUAAGUGCAUGUUGGUGGGAUUUAUCUAACACAUGUUUCAUUAGUCUUAGAUAUAUAGAAUGCCAUUUGGAUAUACAUAUUAAAUGUAUAAAAAAUAUUGCUUGGA